AUGCUGGAGUCAUCUUCUCAACCCCCAAAUUACCUAAUCUCACCCACCACACCGCCGCCGUCUCCGCCGCCAGCCCCACCACCCAUAAAACCCAACCAGUUUUUUUCUUUGAUAUCCAGCAGACCCUCCCUCCGAGUGACUUCAGAGUUCGACAGCGACAGCCGUUUCUUUCAGAAGGUCAAACGUCAGAUCUCGGAGCCUCUCUUGGCGUUAACUUCGAAACACUUGUCGAUUCACAAAGACCCUCAAGAACAAAAUGCCCUCAUCAAAAGCUCCUUCGAUGUGGGUCCUAAGUUGCAUUUCAAAGUUGCUCACGAUGUCAAGCCUAAAGCAACAAUAAGAUUUCUCACGGGUGAAGUUACACUCGAGGAGAAAGAAGAAGAGGAAGAGGAAGUGUCAAGGAAAUUGUUGAUCAAUGGAAUUCUUAAAGGUCCAAUUUUGAAUGGGGUCGGUGCAGCCCAUUACACAGACAAAGAACUGAAAUUAAGAUACUCGUAUAAGGUGAUUUUUUCUUCAGCUUUACAAGCUACCGUGUCUUGUAUGGGAGUUCCAAUGGCAUAUUUCUUGUUGAAUAACUUAGAUGGCUCAUUUCAACAUUAUGGAUGCCCGAUUUUCCGACUUUUGAUGUUUCCUUUUCGUAGUGGUUUUGAUGGUUUAUGA